GUCAGAGUCAGUCUCGCUGAGGCAACGUCGAAGAGAGGACAGUCGAGAUUAUCGUCUCUGGUCCUCAACUCCGAUUACACCUCGAAUGAAAAGUCAUUUAGGGAAAAAUAAAAAAAAAAUCAGAUCAUUCAAAAGUGAAGUGAAAUUUUCAAAUCGAAUAUUACGAUGGAGCUGAAAUUCGUUCUCGGGACAGUCGCCAUACUUCUGCUUAUUUAUCUCUUCCAUAAGUAUUUUAUUCAAGUUCACAAAUACUGGGAGAAAAAAGGAAUCCCAACGUUUCCUGGUGCAAUACCAUUUUUCGGCCAUACGAUCGAGAUAUUUUGGAACCACAGGACCUUCGCUUGUUUCAUUGACAAAAUGUACAAAGCGAACAAAGGCCGAAGCAUGAUUGGAUUUUAUCAGCUUCAGAAGCCCGUGCUCAUGAUUCAAGAUCCGGAACUCAUGAAAUCAGUGCUGAUAAGUGAUUUUCCAAAAUUCCAUGAAAACCCGUUCAAAGUAGACAAAAAAAUGGACCCCCUUUUGGCGGAGAAUCCUUUUUUCAAUACCGGUGAAAAGUGGAAGACCAGUCGCAGUCGACUUUCUUACGCUUUGAUGUCGGGAAAGAGACUGCGUAUUUUGUGCCACUCGAUAGCUCACGUGUGCAACAAAUUCACGAGUUAUUUGCGUGAGAACGUCGAAAAAUCGAAGCAGGGUGUGUACGAGGUCGAAAUGAAAGAACUCGGCAACCGGUUCACGGGGGAAGUCGUGGCGAACGCUGCUUUCGGAGCCGAGGGCGAUUUUUUCACAAACGGAAGUGGGCCAAAUUCAUUUCGUGAAGCUGUUUACGGCUUCCUGGCGCCCUCGUUGUUAAACUUGAUCGCGCAAACGAUUCUCUUUUUGAUACCGAUGUUGGGUAGUAUUUUGAAGCUGAGAUUCGUCCCUAAAAGGAUGGAUCAAUUUUUCCGACGUGUUAUCCAUGAGAUGAUCUCUCUCCGUAAAAAGGAUGGAGUAGAACGGAACGAUUUCCUGCAACUAAUGCUGCAAGGUGUCAAGAGCGAAGGCGGUGAAAUUGACGAAAACGACAUAACUGCCAGUGCGACUUCCUUCUUCAUCGACGGUUACGAGACCUCCGCAAUAACAAUGUCCUUCUUGGUUUAUCGACUAGCGGAAAAUCCAAAGGUACAAGAAAAACUGAGGGACGAGAUCAAAAGGGUGUUGGAAAAAUACAACGGUGAAAUAUGUUACGAAUCUCUGAAAGAAAUGACGUUCCUGGACCAAGCUUUCAACGAGUCGAUGAGACUCAUUCCGGCGGUUGGUUUCCUCACGAAACAGACGACCGAGCAAUACAAAUUCUUGGGGAAAGACGGACUCGAGUGCGUCUUGGAGCCCGAGACUCAAAUCAUAUUGCCUCUCCAAGCGAUCCAAAAUGACCCUGAGUAUUGGGAAGAUCCUGAGGUUUACAAACCCGAACGAUUCAACGACGACUCCGAGAAGAAUCGUCCCAAAACAACUUUCAUGCCGUUCUCCGAAGGACCGAGAAUAUGCCCGGGCAUGAGAUUCGCUACGAUGCAAAUAAAAGGCGCUGUUGUUACCAUAUUAAAAGACUACGUCGUCGAAGUUUCACCAAAAACCAAACGACCCCUGCAGCCUAAACGCGGUGCCAUCAUCACGGUGAUGGAGGGUGGACUGUGGAUCAAUUUCAAACCCAUUCAAUCCAGGACCUGAUACGACUUUGUGUGCUUUCCUUCAACGCACUAGAGUAGCGCAAGAAUUGUCUGACGAAAAAGAAAAAUAGGGAUAUGUUCAAUAUUUGUGGUAAAUACAAUAAAAAAAGGACCGAAAUAAUCAUUACUUUUGUAUUUUGUGAAUAAUAAACUGGGUCUUAGAAAAUA